AUCGCCUCCGCAGCAAAUCAGUUCAACAUACAUACCACAACACUAGAUUACUCUCUCUCGCUCUUUAACGCUAACCUACACUCGAGCGUGGCUGUACCACUACUCUCCUCAUAGAAGCAUACGGUUAAAAAAAAUGACAGAAACCCAAAUAUACCCUAUCGGAACUCGCAGCGAAUGCGAACGUCUAGUUCGAGGCUGGGGAUUCAAACAUAUAUUUACCUGGUCUGAUGGAAGCAAUGCGUACUAUUCACCUCAUAGACAUGCGGGCUUAACAACGCAUCUCAUACGACAAGGUACCCUUACAAUUACGUAUCCGGAGGACAAUGCUCAACUACACAAUGGAGAGGUCAAAAAGGAGACAUUUGGUGUUGGCGCUCGGGUCGAUGUACCGGCUGGCAAGUUGCAUGAGGUAUGGAUUGGAGAGGAUGGAUGUGAGUAUGUAAUCGGAGAGUAGAAGAGUUUCGGAUAUGAUGCAUGCGAAUAGACGUACACAUAGCGGGGGUACGACUAACGAGGCCUAACGUGAGUCACUGAGCGGCACAUGCUUUUGAGGUUCUUCUAAUUCAUUCGGGCUUGGCCCUCUAAUUCUAAACGAAGUGGUAUCACAAAGGACUUUUCAAUCAUAACUAAGCCCCAUGAUCCAUAUCCAGCUGGAUCUAGCUCGCCGUGCUUGUAUAUUAAUGGAUGAAUCUAAAAUCCAGCCUGUGAAGUAAUUAGCAAGGUGUGCUGUCA